AUCAAGAUCUGGGAGAUAAUAGCCGCAGCCUUGUUGGCAGAGGAGGUUCACCCAGAGGAAGUCUCUCACCACGAUCCCCUGUAAGCAGCUUGCAGAUUCGCUAUGAUCAAUCAGGCAACAGUUGUGGGGAAAAUUUGCCCCCAGUAGCAGCCAGCAUAGAACAGCUUCUGGAGAGGCAAUGGAGUGAAGGACAACAGUUUUUAUUAGAGCAAGGCACCCCUAGUGACAUUUUAGGAAUGCUUAAAUCAUUACACCAACUUCAGGUUGAAAACAGGCGUUUGGAAGAACAGAUAAAGAAUCUGACUGCUAAGAAGGAGCGGCUUCAGCUACUCAAUGCACAGCUUUCGGUGCCCUUUCCAACAAUAACUUCAAAUCCUAGCCCUUCUCAUCAAGCACAUGCCUUUCCAGUACAAGCAGCACCUAGCAGUGAUUCCUUGAACAGCAGUAAAAGUCCUCAUCUGGGAAACAGUUUUUUACCGGACAAUUCUCUUCCUGUGUUAAAUCAGGAGAUAACCUCCAGCGGACAAAGCACCAGCAGUUCAUCAGCUCUUUCCACUCCACCACCUGCUGGGCAGAGUCCAGCUCAGCAAGGCUCAGGAGUCACAGGAGUUCAACAGGUCAAUGGUGUGACAGUGGGGGCACUGGCUAGUGGUAUGCAGACUGUAACCUCCACCAUUCCUGCAGUGCCUGGUGUGGGUGGAAUAAUUGGAGCGCUGCCAGCCGGCCAGCUGGCAAUCAAUGGAAUUGUAGGGGCUUUAAAUGGGGUAAUUCAGACCCCAGCAACAAUGUCACAGAACCCUUCUCCUCUCACGCAUGCAACCGUGCCACCCAAUGCAACGCAUCCUCUGCCAACCACGUUAAAUAACAG